AUGCCAAAAUUAGAUAUUUAAAUAAAGGGUGAUCACAUAAAGAUUGGAAUAAAGGGGAAUCCAGCAUUUAUUGAUGAACCAUUAGUGAAACAAUGUGAUUCAAGCGAAUCAUAUUGGUUAAUAGAGGAUGAAGAACUUCAUAUAAUAUUAUAGAAGGCAUACAAAGGGGAACUAUGGCCUAGUGUGUUUGUAGGACAUGGAAAGGUAGAUCCAUUAACAGAAUAGGAAUUAUAAAAGAAGAUGCUUUUAGAGAGAUUUUAGGAAGAGCAUCCAGUAGAGAGAUUUUAGGAAGAGCAUCCAGGAUUUGAUUUUUCAGGAGCAUAAGUAAAUGGAAUGGUACCUAAUGCUCGAACGUUUAUGGGAGGGAUAAAACAUAAUUGA